UAAUGGAUAGUGCGCGAGAUUGAAUGUCGCAUAUGUAAAGUAAAACACGCAGCUUCAUUUACGUUUAUUCUAAGAAAAAACAGAAAUAAAAUUCUUCAAUAUUGCAGUUCACCAGUGCUCUUCAACGACAUCACAGCAAAUAUAUAACACUUUUCUUUUUACUCUACCCAUUCAAUUUUUUAAAUAUUAAAAAUAUUUAUUUUUUAUUUACCAAAAAUGGAUCGCUGGGCUGGAAAAGUUGCUAUAGUCACUGGUGCAUCUUCAGGUAUAGGAUUAGCAACAGUUAAGGCCUUAGUUCAAGAAGGAAUGACUGUAGUUGGAUUGGCUCGAAGAAAACAAAAAAUGGAGAAUGAUAUGAAAGCGAUUGAAGGAAAAGGAAAAUUCUAUGCCCUCAACUGUGACGUUUCAAAGGAACAAGACGUUACUCAGAUAUUUCAAUGGGUAAAGAAGAAUUUGGGUGGUGUCCAUGUCCUUGUGAAUAACGCUGGGGUUCUAGUUCCCGGAAAAAUUAUAGACACAAAUAAAGAAAUCUGGGAUAAAGUCAUUGGUGUGAACAUUAUGGGAUUAUUAUACUGUACUCAGCAAGCUGUGAAAAUCAUGAAGGAAUCUGGUGAAGAAGGUCACAUAAUAAAUAUCAAUAGUAUCGUUGGACACAGAAUAAUAAGAAAUGCAGAUAUGAGUGCAAAUAUUUAUCCUGCAACGAAACAUGCAAUUACUGCAAUAACGUCGACUUUUGAAAUGGAGUUACUUGGAAGUAAAAUAAGAUCGACCAGCAUCAGCCCAGGAUUAGUGCACACUGACAUUUUUGCAGCAAAUUCCAAAAAUUCGGAUUUCUCGGGAAUGCUCAAGGAUAUGCCUGGCUUAAAAUCUGAAGAUGUAGCCGAUUCUAUCCUUUAUGUUUUGGGAGCCCCUUUACGUGUUCAAAUUACUGAAUUGACAAUUAGACCACUCGGUGAACCAUACUAAAUAGAGUAUAAAUCGAAAAAUAAAAAUGGUGGACAUUUUUGCUAAAAUAAACUAUGGCAUUUGCAUGGAAAUCGGAUAUGAGAGGUUUGGGGAUUAGCUGAUUAUGAAUACUAAUUUCCAGGUUCACGCAAAAAUACGUGCAUAUGAAAAUACAAACUUAUACAACAUGAGCCGUUCUGAAAAGGCAAACUUUUAAAUUUGACAACAAUUUUUGGUCAUAACCAUAAAAAUAAAAAAAAGGAAUUUUCAUAAUAAAAGUACAAAACUCAAAAUAACGAACCGCUUUAUUAGAUUCCUUGCCAUGAAAAUUCCAUUCAUCGUAUUUUUUAUAAAAAUUAAUUCAUUAAAUUAAUCUGUUCCCUCUGUAUUUCGAUUUCGUGAAGGAUAGAUAAUAAAUUCCGAAUCAGUUAUGAUAUUUAUGAAUGUAUAAUCAUAGUUUCAUGAUGAAAAACCUAUCUCGAAAGAUGCACGUCCGUACAACGCUAGCUCUCUAGAAACGUCGACAAUGGCACGUUUAUCAUCAAAGCCCAAUAUCCCACGUGGUUAUCUAAGAGCUAAUCGUCCCUGAAAUCAUUUUAUUUGAUAAGCCACAAACAACUAGAAAUCAUAAUAAAUUUUCGUAAUUACC